GCUUCUUCAUUCGUUGCUGUUUCCCAGGAACACAUCAGAAUGCCUGAACCCGCAAAAUCUGCGCCCAAGAAGGGCUCCAAGAAAGCCGUGACCAAGACGGCCGGUAAAGGAGGCAAGAAGAAGAGAAAGACCAGGAAGGAAAGCUACGCCAUCUACGUCUACAAGGUGCUGAAGCAGGUCCACCCCGAUACCGGCAUCUCGUCCAAGGCCAUGAGCAUCAUGAACUCGUUCGUCAACGACAUCUUUGAGCGCAUCGCCUCCGAGGCUUCCCGUCUGGCUCAUUACAACAAGCGCUCCACCAUCACCUCCAGGGAGAUCCAGACGGCCGUGCGCCUCCUGCUGCCCGGUGAGCUGGCCAAGCACGCCGUGUCUGAGGGCACCAAGGCGGUCACCAAAUACACCAGCUCCAAGUAAACCUGCUGUUUACCAUCAGAACCACAAAGGCCCUUUUUAGGGCCACACAAAUACAACUAAGUGCA